UCAGUUGUUGGGUAGACGCCGUUAUCUAUGUUUUCAGCUUAGAAAACGAAGCUUCCUUUAAUGCCAUUUAUAACUAUUAUACUAAGAUGUCUCAUUAUCGAAGCCCGGGCGAUGUGCCUCUCAUCCUUGUUGGCACUCAAGAUGCAAUUAGUGAAAGUAAUCCUCGUGUUAUUGAUGACUCACGGGCUAGAAAAUUAGCUAAUGACCUUAAGAGGUGUUCCUAUUACGAAACCUGUGCUACUUAUGGGCUCAAUGUUGAAAGAGUCUUUCAAGAUGGUGAAUGUGUUUUAAAUUUCUGUGUUAAGCUUGAAGAACAUAUACCUCAACUCAUAACUAGUAGUAUUUACGUGUUUUAUUUUUACAUUAAUUGCAUGAGGUACAGAGGACUUACAUAUAGAUUGUAUUUUCUUUCCCUGGAGACCAUUUAAAAUUUGUAAAGACCAACAAAAGUUUGCGGAAUAUUUUCUUGAAUUGUAUACAGGAUGUUCCUAAGACUUUAUAUGGCUUUCAUUUUUUGCAAUCAUUGAUUGUAAACAUAUGCUUCCAAGUAUAAAAAUGUUUGAUUUAUGCUUCAUGAUAAUGGUUUCAUUGAUAUAAAUAUUCAUAUAAUGGCAUUUCUAAAUUUUAAAAUAUUUUUGUAAAAGCUACAAAAAUCUAACAUUUUUAUAUAUUCCCCAGUCCUAAUAGUUAAAGUUUGUACUGUCUCUGAAAAUGAAAUAUAAAAAGUGUGACCCCACUAUGAUAAAAAUUGACCAAGGUAUUUGAAGCCUGAAGUAAUAUAUUUAAUAAAUUAAGGAAUUGUUCAUAAUUAAAAAUAUUUAAUUCUGAAUAUAACUAAAAAUAAAAUAUCAGUUCUGCAAACUGUCAAAAAAAGGUUUAGUAAAUACCCCUCCGCAAAAAAAAAAAAAAAAAAAAAAAAAAAAAAAGAAGAAGAAGAAAAAGCAACUUAUUCACAGGCUUUAGUAGAAUUCAUAAUUGAAUAAGUAUUUGCAUAUAGUCGAGUCAUAACUUUAUUCAUAUAAACUAAAAUUGGAAAAGAUUUCUAGUGCAGCAAAUUUUUUGUAUGACUAAGGUUAUUAGUUGAAAAUAAUAAUGUGAAUUUGAUCAAUUUAUUUUUAACCUAUUCCUCAAGGCAAGUGAUAAAAAUUGCUUUGCACUGUGAAGUUUAAAAAUAUUCCAGACUCUGAUAUUAAAUAUCUUGUUCAAGUUUUGUGUUAUAAUUUUUAGAAAGAGUACAGUAAAAAGUCUGCGAUCUGAAAUUGGCAAAUUCAGAUUUUGGAAAUUUCUGGAUUUAAGAUUUUAAGUUUAAAUCUAGUAAAAUGACAUGUAGAAAUUAUAAAAUUAAAAUAUGAAAUAAUGAAGCAUUUAUGACUUUAAAAGAGUCAAAAUAUCCCCAAAAGGAGGACCUAAUGCCAAUCUGCUUACAUAAGUAAAGAAGUUUAUGUUUCUCGUAAGUACAUAAGUAAAGAAGUUAUGUUUCUUUUAUGGUGUGUUUUUUGUGCAGAAGUGGGAAUUGGGGUCUCUUACGAUACAUUUUUACUGUUUUUAGUAUGACACCUCUGUGUACGAGUUCUCCUUAAGGGUCGACUGGGAGCAAUCCCGUCGUUCUGGCUAGGACCAGUACCUAGACAGACUGGACUUCUGGGAUAAAUUAAGUUUUCAUAUUGACUAGAACCAUUGUGUUCUCUUUGUUGACGAUUGUAUUACUGACUAAGGAUUGUAUUUACCCAGACAUCAUGCAUGCAUUUCUGAUCCCCUGGGUUAAUUGAAUUAGUGAAAAUUUCAUUCUCCACCUAUAAUGAUUUUUGGUAUAAUUUUUUCUAUUUUAUUUCAUCUGAAUUGUGUUUUAUCCUUAUUAUAUUGUAUGGAUCUUAUUAAAUUUUAUUUUAUUUGAUUUGUUUUAAUAUACUGCAGACAUCUGUAGAUUUUUUAUGAUGAUUCACGCUGUGUUUAAAUCAGUUAACAUUUAUAUUAAAUUUUGUUUAUCUGAUUAUAUGCUACAUUACUAAGUUUAUACAAACACUAUGUACCGUAAACAUUAAUUUUGUUUUCCUUGUAUUUAAAAGUAAUUUGAUAAAUAGAAGCUUUCAUUCACUCCUCAAGAUUUUUUCAAUGUAAAAGUGUCAGGAAGUUAGCCAAAGAACAUAAAUUUUAAAUUUCUGAUUAAAUGCCAAUAUUAUUAAAUGCCAAUGAUUUUACACCAUAAUGGAAUUUUUAAUAGUUCUUAACUAGAACCAUGCGUAGUAAAGUGAGUUAGGGUCAAUUUGACGUUUCUUUGGAAUGCUGUCACCACCAUGCAGCAUGAAAACUUUCUGAUUUUCUCACAAAAAUUUCCAGUUUUUAAGAUUUCAAGUUUGGCAGCUAUGCUAUAGAAAAACUGAGAAAGAAAUUAUAUUUGUUUCAAAGCAUUCAUUUUAAUUACACUAUAAACAUUUGAUUUCCUGUAAUUAAAAACUGAUUAAAUUAUUCAGUUUCAUGCAUGUUUCUAUUUAUUGGAACGACAUUAGAUUUUAGUUUAUAUUUUAUCAAGUGGAAGUGAUAUUUCACUUAAAAUUCAUUGGUAUUUAUACCUUGGAAAGUGGCACCUGGUCAUGUGCUGGCCAUUUCGUCCCCCCCCCCAAUUUUGGUGCUAAUACUUUCUCUCUUAAUUUUAUAAAUAGGUGUAAUUUCUUGUUCAGUUACAAUACUUUACUUGAGUCCUGUUGUUGUAAAUUCCCACUAAACUGUCAUUUGAAAUCUUUUAAUUUUCAACCAUUCCUUUAUCUCUUUUUUUCACUGUCAUAUUUUCUGGAUUUAAAAUCAUACUAUAUGUUUUGUCAUCUGUUAGAUGAGUGAUGAAUGGGGCAUUGUUUUCAAUAAAGAAAAUCUCUAUUAUAUGUAUGUAUCUUCAUUUAGCAUUUCUCCACAUUUUUUCACAAAUGUUAUUAAUUGAAAUAUUUCUUAUUUUGUGCUAUCUAAAAGUCUUCAAAUUCACAGCUAUUAUCAUCAUCAUCAUCACCAUGAAAAUAUGAUACCUGGCCAUAAAUUAUGCCUAGCAUUUUUAAAAAUAUCUGCUGACACAUCCUCCCAUGACCUUGCACUACUCCACACAGCUGGUUUCAUAUUAAAAUAUUUCAAAAUUUCUUGAAACAUCUCGUUCAUUGUUCAAAAAAUUUACCAUAGAUUUUAAAAAAGCUUCUUUAUAACUGCAUUUCAGCAUAGGCAACAUUCUACCAUCCAUUCGUUGAAUUAUGGAUGUACAUUUUAGAGGAAAGAACAAGGCGAGACAUUAUCUUUUACUAAAACUUUUAAGUGAUGUGUUAUCCAAACAGUUGUUUAUAUAAAUGGAACAAUUAUUGCAUUAUCCAGUAAAUAAAUAGAUGUCAAAUGUUGCUGAGCCUCAAGUAUGAUUUUUCAAACUGAUCAUUCAUUAAUGUUUGUGUCAUUCAUGCUGUUGUACUUGAACGAGGUAAAAAAAUUGUACAGCACAAUUCCGGAAAUCCGCAAAGCUUGGGACCAGAGGUUGUGCGGAUUUCAGGAUAGAAAAAAUAAAGCAUGAUAUUCGGACUAAAAGUGCAAAAUGAAUAAGGCGUAUUAGAUACAU